UUUACCUUUACUACUGCUGUGUGUUAUGUUACUGUAUUUAUUAAUAAUGAGGAAAUGACAUUGACCAAUUGCACAGAAGAUAUGUGUGUUGUGUAUGUGUAUAUAUGUAUAUAUGUAAACCUGAAACAUCCUCUUUGUGUGAAAUUUCUCUUGGUGUGGACUUUAAAUAUCAAAGAGCUUGGAUCACCAUGGUUGUAUAUAUAUUUUUUUGUGUUUGUUUUUAUUGAAAUCCUGAGUAAAGGAAGACAUAAAUACCUGCAGAAGGUAGCUAUGGAUAAAUCUGGUCAGUCUGUACAGCACAUUCCUCACUACACUGAACAAGUACUAUCUAUUUACAAUUCAGUUCUGACUUCUGUCCCCAAGAAGUUUCAACAACAUUCACACCUUGAGCCUCCAGGCUCCCACCAACAACAGCCUCGUUAGAGCUCCAUUCACUGGGUGAGUAGCCCAGACACACAGCCCCCCUUUCAGAGACAGCUAAGAACCAGCCAUUAAGGAAAUAGUGACUCCAGUAUCUGGUCUAGCAGGUUUCUGGUGGGUGGUACCCACAGAAUUUUCCCACUAGUUUAUCAGAACUGAAGAAGCUGCUCAGAUGAGUGGAGAAACGUCUUCAAGAAAAUUCUGCAUGUCCAGUUGCCUUUAAUCAAAGCCUUUUGGAUUAACAUGACCUGAAAUAACCCAACCUCUUUCUGUUCUCCUUCACACUUUUUGGCUCUCUUCUCUCUCCCCCUCCCUCUCUGGGUUCUCUCUCUGCCUUGCUACAAGGGAACUCGGUACAAAAUGUGAACAGUAUGUGAGGGUAAUUGUACCAUAGCGUCUUGUACCAUAUAUAUAGAGAGAGGCCGGAGGAGACGUGAGUAGAAGCGACACAGACUUGACUUGGUGCACUCGUCUUUUGUUAUCAUGGAUUCUACAGUGAAGUUCUUCAUUCCGGCGUUUCUGACUCUGGUCUUGAUUUCUCUGACGGUGCGAGCUGAACAUAACAGUAAAACUGUUCAUGGGUCAGAGGUCAUCACAGUAUCUGAAGGUGGUGACGUCAUCUUACCGUGUUCCCUCAGCACCAAGGAGAGUGUUGAACAAAAACUCUUCGUCUGGAAAGAUGGACAGAAGAAGAAUGUGUUCAUCUACGAUGCUGGUCUUCAUCACGGUAACGGCCUCCCAGGUCAAGAUGAUCAGUUCAGAGGAAGAGUCUCACAUUUUCCUGAACAGAUGAGGUUUGGUAACGCCUCCAUCAUGAUUAUUAACACAACGACCAUAGACACUGGAGACUACACCUGUUACUUUCCAGAACUUAAUGGAGGACUCACAUUCAACAUUACACUUGUUGUUGGUUCAGUUCCCAAACCCAUCGUCACGAUGUCUAAGGUGACAGAUUCUGGGGUCCAGCUGAAGUGUGAGGUUCAAGGAGCUUUUCCAAAGCCAGAGCUACGGUGGCAGAACUGUGAUGGAAACAUCUUUGAUGCUGAGGAGGCUGAGAUCUCAGAGAGAGACGGUCGCUACCACAUCACCCUCCAAACUACUGUGACCUCCACCACAACCACCUGCUUCCAGUGUGUGGUCCAACAGAAGGACCUGAACCAUGAGACUGGUUCUACCAUCACUGUGCCGGAGAAACCGUUUGUGGACCCGUGUGGGAAAGUGACCAUUGAAGGGUUGAUGACUGGAAUAGUGGUGGGAGCUGGACUUCUGGUUCUGGUUCUGGUUCUGCUUGUGUUCUUUAAGUUCAUCACAGUACGUCGUGUUAGAGCAGGAACUCAGAAGACAGACGGUGACAAUGAGACCAAUGAGCCCCUCAAGUCUGAACAUGUCACAGUAUGAUUCACUACAACAUCAUGUUUUCACUGAUCUUCAGCUUCACUAUGAUCAUGUUACUAAAAGACCAAUCUACUCAGAAAACAAUUGUCAAUAAUUAACAUAAUAAUUAACAUACAGGAGGGAGUUAUAACUUCUAUAGUUUUAGCUCUUUUCAAAGGUCAUUACAGAGCUGAUCAGUGUGUGACUGAGCUGAAUCUUCCUGUAAACACUUUACCUCAAUCAGUUUUUAAUUAACUGUACUUUACCUUUACUACUGCUGUGUGUUAUGUCACUGUAUUUAUUAAUAAUGAGGAAAGGACAUAGUUUUUACUUGUUAACAUUUGAAAUGACCUGAAGCACUUUAAACCUGUAGCUUUGUUGUGAAUGGAAAAUUAUUCUGUAUCACUUUGCAUCAUUUUUGGCAUUUGAACAGAAGAUGUGUGAGUUGUGUGUGUGUGUAUAUAUGUAUAUGUAUGUAUGUAAACCUGAAACAUCCUAUUUGUGUGAAAUUUCUCUUGGUGUUGUGAAGGAGGAUAUUUUCCUCUCCUUCAGCUCAGGAUCUUUAUACCGUAUGUAAAGGGUCGUUCACCUACACACAAAUCACACGACAAUUUCUCACGUUUUGGAUAUUUAUCUGGUUCACAGAGAAUAGAUAUUGAUUCAGCGCUGAGGCUUCGGUCAGUUCACCUUAGGGGUAAAAAUAACUAAAAGCUGAACUUCAGGGACGUACAAUGAUCUUAUUCUACCGUGACACUCGCCUGUAAGACAGUGGGGAGGAGUACGGCCUCUCAUGUGUCGGUGAGUUUCUAUAUGUAGCCGAUUGGCUUCAUCUGGUCUCCAGCAUGUGAGAUAUUUGGGUGUAAUGUGUCCUAAUCUAUGAGCAGCUGUAGCAAAGCGAAAGACAAUGAUUGAUAUGGUGAGAUGGCGUAAGUAACAUUCUUCCUGAUUCUUCCCAAGGUUUUACACAGGCUGAAGUCCUUAUUAACCCCUAAAAACCCAACAGUGUGGACUUUAAACAUCAAAGAGCUUGAAUCACCAUGGUUACACACGUUUUAUGUAUAGAUUUCUUAUUGUUACCAGUUAAGACAGAGCUCAUUAUUUUCCUGUAUUAGUUUACAUGGUCUAUGUUCAACAACUGCUUUAAUUCAUUCUGCAAAGUAGAGAAUGAAAUGUUCAAGUUCCUUUUAAGUUACAGUUAAUGAAGAAAACUCAGAGCGCCAGAAAUAAAAAUCUGUUUUUGUAAAAUA